GUGAAAAACCGUACAAGUGCACUCACUGUGGCAAAGCGUUUAGCCAGUCAUCUAAUCUAAUUACUCACUGUAGGAAGCAUUCAGGUUUCAAGCCGUUCGCUUGCCAGAGAUGUAGCAAAUCGUUUCAGCGUAAAGUUGACCUUCGACGGCACAUGGAGAGUCACCAUGCUGUAAACAUGCUCCAGUCGGAAAAUGACCACCUCAUAGAACCACAAUUACAACAGCAACAACAACAACAACAGCAGCAGCAGCAGCAGCAACGGCACCAUCAACCUCCACUGCCGACACCAGUACCACAACCACCACCACCACUAUCAACACAACAACAACAGCAACAAUCACAACAGCAACAGCAUCAUCAUCAACAGUAUCGACAACAUCACCCUCAUAAUAUUCAUCAUCAUCAUCAUCAUCACAAUCUUUCACAGCACCCACGUGACCGGUCGUCUCCGCUAACACUUUCAGCGCAGCAGCCACCUCCACCACCGCCGCCGCCACCACCGCUAUCGCAGCAGCAACAACACCAACAUGAACACCAUCACCACCAUCACCACCAGCAGCAACAACAACAACAGCAACAUCAGCAUCAGCAUCACCAACAGCAGACGAAUACAAAUCUAGAUGAUGAGCAUCAGUUACGUCUACACGAACAGCAUCCCCUUCAUCCGAACAACGUCUUCGCAUCGAAGCAUCUUUUAAGCGAAAACAACAUGGCGGCCAUCGGCGCCGGUGCAAGCGGCGCGGCCAGUCCGUCUGGCAAGACCAUGACCCUUGUAGCAGCAGCAGCGGCGGCGGCGGUGAUGCAUCACCCACAAACACUUCUUAAAAGCCACCAACUCAUCUCAAAUACUGCUGUGCAUAUUUGAAAAAAAACAUUCCUUCAUUGCAAUUGACUGAAACCGAUUAGAGAUCGGCCGAAAUCGCCAGAACAUGUUUUUUUUACUGCUGUAUGUCGGUUUGGAUCCUUGCACGAAUUCGGUAAGAAUUCGACUAGAAUCAGAUAUGAACUUUAUAGGAGACUUCAACGAUUUCAUCUCGAUUGAAAACGGGCCGAAUGCAGCUGGAAAUAAGAUUGAAUUCAAAGCUAAACAUAGGACUCGAAAGUACGUUAUAUUUCAGCGGAUGAGGGUGUGGAAUCAGAUAUAAUUGGUAAAGUAUUGGUAGAAUUAUGGGUAAUUCGUCUCAGUAUUUGGAAUCAUUCCGGAGUGGGUUACGGAACGAUAACGUGACCAGAAUAACUAAUAGUAACCACAUUUUAAAUUGCGAUCAACACACACAUUUACACACAUACACACAUGUAAUAUAUAUAAUGUUAUAAACAUAUAAUAUAUAUAUAUAUAUAUAUAUAUAUAUAUAU